CUCAAACCAAAUCAGAGACUUUGUCCAGGAGAAAGUUUGUCCAAUUCGCCGCUAUUCAUCUGCUCGCGCACAUGUGGAUUACUGUAACGAGCCAAAGGACACGCGACCUGUGAUUUGAACUUCCUCAGGAAGUGGAUUUGUGUGAAGACCUCCUCUCGUAAAGAAACCAGAGGCUCUCCAGCACUCCUGCCCACUCCACUCCACCAGCUCUGCGACUGGACAGCACUGCCCUGGUCUGAGCCACCCGCUGCCCUAGACACUCUUCCUGAGGACCUCGCUCUCUCCCCUUGCACCUGGAGCCAAGAUGGACGCCCUGUGUGCACUCCUGCCUGCGCUGCUCCUGUGGGCUGCCAUGGUAACCGCAGAUCCCAGUUCGGCGUGUAGCCUCUUUGACCUCCCAGGGGACACGAGCAGCUGGAUCAGUGUGGAGCGCAAGCCCCAGGGUUGCUCCAGCAGCUUCGUCCUCCGCAACGGCACAGACGAGCUGGAGAUUCACAUGCUCCACCUGGAUUUCACCAAGCCAUCCCAGGAUGGCUAUUCCUUUUGUGAGGUGCACCUGCCGUCGGAAUCCAAACCCUCCAAGAUGAUCAUCAGCACCAGAGGCAAUGCAGGGCACACACUCUACCUGAAUGUCAAAGGGAACACCAGCAACAUUGUCUUCCAUGUCCCAGAGACGGUGACCAUUCAACCACCUGCAUUACAGUCGACAUCAGUACUAGAACACUUUCCCCUGGAAACAGAGGAGCUCUUGAAGUGGGCCAGUGAUAAGUUUGGUGGCGUAACAUCCUUUACAGAAGUGCAGAACCCAACAACAUUCAGUUUCACCCAAAGUCCUGCCUCAGGUCCAAACUGCACCUUGAGCCCCAUUGAGAACAUUCCCAUGGAGGUGGUCAAGUCAUCAAGCCAAGAUCACGUGAUCAACUCAUCAUCUGUGAAGUCCUGCUACCUUCCAGCCAGCCAUCAGAAGCAGCUGCACAUCAUCAAUAUCCCCGAAGACACUGGCAUCCGUCAUGUGUUUGUGGAUGCCGUCUCCAAAGAUGCCAAGUUGUUCAUGAGAGGCGCCAAAGACACUGUGUGGGAGGUAUCGGGGGCAAACCAAUUUGCGACAAAUGGCCUGAUAAAGCUACAUCUUGGACCGCCGAUGGCGCUCCCCAGCAGGGGGAUGACCUUCCCGGCCAGUGCCCCAGAGCUUCAGCGGGAGGCCAUGGUCCACUUCAGCACGGACUCCUUCACCAGCUACUCUGAGAUCCGCACCAGAGCCCCCGCUAUCCACGUUGUCCUCGGCGUACAAGAAGAUGUGGUCGAUCCAACGUCCGCAGCAGUGCUUCCCGUCACAACCACCACCUCGUCAUCCAUUCCCAUGGAGAUCCACCUGUACAGCUCACCUGAGUACAGGACCACACUCGAUCCCAAGAUCCCCCUUCAGACGGACAAGAGAAUCUACGCCGAGAUCUCUGGUCAGAUGGAGGGCGGUGUGGAGAUCGGCAGUGAGGUGGUGAAGUGCGUGGUCCGCUCCAGGGACGCGUGCGUGCUGCAGAUGGACGUCCCCUUCAGGCCCGAACCCUGCCCUGCGGCCGGCUGUCCGCCACACAGGACCCGGCUCAGCUUCUCCCUGGAGUCGGUCCAUGACAUGGCCCCCAGCAGCUGGGAGCUGGACUGCGACAUCCACUUCUGCGCCGCCCCCAAGAGAUGCUUCCCAGGAGCUAGAGCCGAGAGAACCCUGGAGGUGGUUCGCACUAAAGCUCCACCGCCGAGGUGUCCUGAGUUUGGCUUGUCUGCAGUCCUGGGGAUAGCCUUUGGUGGCUUUCUCAUAGGGGUGUUGUUGAUCGGAGCCCUGUGGUUCAUUAAGAUCCGCACAGGACGCCCAGUGGCUCUGGCUAUGGGAACAACUGCAGCUCAUCUCACAGGGUGCCAGUGCUGUCUGACCAAGCGCCAGCCGGUGCCCACCAACCCCUCGCCCUCGGAGAACAGCAGUGCCAACGCCAGCAUUGGCAGCACCCAGAGUACCCCCACCAGCAGCAUGGCAUAGGCGCGGGCAGGCGGGCGCCUUGUCUCUCGGGCCAGACGCCUUCCUCCACCUUCACACUCCGGCACCACCCACCCACCCACCCUG